CUGAAUUUGAUUAAGUCUUCAAAGAUUGACAUCAAACCACAGAGUGAAAUUGUAACACCCCAAUCCGUAAAACCCAGAAUUACACGAAUUAAGAUGAAACGAGAGUAAAAUAAAAAUUUCGCUUGACAUUUGAAAAUGACAAUUACUUAUAAAUAUCAAAUUUACAGACUCUGGAUCGCGACCCAUUUAAAAAUAUUUUCAGAGUAAUGCGGAAGUACAACAAUAUACAAAUCAUGACACAUUUAAAAAUCUGAUGAUCAACAUUUGCCUGCCAUCCUUGCAUCUCCUCUGACUCAAUGCCCUCCGGGAGUGGUUCCAUCAUUGUCUUCUUGUUACCUACGUGUAGUCAACGAAAAAUACAAACUACACGCUUAGCGAAACCGCUGAGUGGUACCACACUAGAAUUGUAGAAUGAUUCUCAGACAUAUACAUAUACAUAUAUAUACGUCCACAAAAUGUAUAGUAACAUUCAUGAUAUGACACAUAUUAUCAUAUGGUCAAUUUGAUGAAUCAUGAUGAUAAAUAUUUAAUGAAAAUUACUUGAUGGCAUAUUUAAUCAAUAUAAUUAUUCUUGAUGAUGAUUACAUGACACCUAUGUAAUCAAUAUAAUUGUUCUUGAUGAUGAUUACAUGACACCUAUGUAAUCAAUGUACUUGAUGAUGAUAACAUGAUUUCACAUUUAAUCAAUUUGAUUAUUCUUGAUGAUGAUUACAUGACACCUAUGUAAUCAAUGUACUUGAUGAUGAUAACAUGAUUUCACAUUUAAUCAAUUUGAUUGUUCUUGAUGAUGGUAACAUGAUGCAUGAUCCUAUAACUUGAAAGGACACCCUUGCGCUAUGAGAUUCGCCCAUUUGGUACGACGAACUCACACGGCCUUAGUCUCACGAAUGAGGUGAGACUAGAAAAAUAGGGGUGGUACUCGAAACCUGAAUACCAUGUACGUACACUAAGCCCAGAACGGGUGAUGUCGGACUAUUUAUUUGGAUGAAACAUGAUUAAAAUAUCAUUUAAUUAAGCUACGGGGCUCGGAACGGUCGACCGUUUGGCGAGACGGUCGACCUUGGUCUUCAUCAGGUCGGAUUGGCGGAUCACCGUGACGGUCGACCAUUGUUGACUGGAUGGCGACGGCGAUUCUCGGCUGGGCAGGCGACGGUCGACCGUUGGCCACCGGCGGUCGACCGUUUGUCUCGGGGUCUAUUUCGAUGUUUAAUGCGACGGUCGACCGUUUGCGUCGACCGUUUGGGUCUGCGAAUCUUUCUCUUGAUAUUUUGAGUGUCCAAAAUACUUCUUUAAGUCUUUUAAGCACCUUUGAUUAACAUAUACAUAUUGUUGGGUUGAUUUCCAAAGUUUAUAUUUACUUAUGUGUAUAUUAACUUUAUGGAUUUGGUGUAUUUUAAUCUCAACAUAUAGAUAACUUAUAUAUGCAUCACAUAUAUAUUUUGGAAUGUUGGAAAGAUGUCAACCCUUGAGAGCUCCUGGACGGGCCUGCGGAAGAGGCGCACUAGGCCUGACCUCUUGACGCGGUAUGCAAUGGAUGCACUUGGAUCCAAGAAAUUCCGCACUGGACCACGUGGUGAAGAUGAGGUGAGCAAUGUAUUUGAAGCCAUGAAUGAAGAUAUCAGGAAGCCCAACACUGUGGAAGUAAUUGAUGAUGAUCGUAAGCAUGCAGAUGUUGCUAAGAACUACAAGCCAGAUCCUACUUUUCAGGAUAUGGAUACCUCGAUUGAUGUGGUCAUUGCAGAGUAUAAAGUUUCAAGAUGUGAAGACAAAGUAGCGGAUGAAGAGUUUCCCAAAGUUGACAACUCAAUUUCAUUGUAUACCCUCAAGCUGUUUGACCUUGAUGAUAUUGAAAUGUUUGAAUACCUAGCUCCCUUGCGGCUAGUCCGCCACCUGUUUGGUUUUGCCUCAAAUAUCCUCUGUUACGCUUUAAUUGUCGAGAUUUGUAAUGAUGGGUCAUCAGUCAUGGCCGACGCCAACUCCUCCUCCUCCGGCAAGGUGACUUCAACCUCCGAAAACUCUUCCUCCAACAACUCCCCCCAUCUCGCCUUCACAGCUAUAUCCAACAUCAAACUCCAUAUCCCUGUUCAACUCAGUCUCUCAGAACCCAAUUACAAAAAGUGGAGUCGAUUAUUCCGUCUCUUGAUCCUCCGCUUCAACCUCAAAGGCUACAUCGACGGCACAACCAUUGCCUCCUCCGCGGACGAUGCUGAAUGGUAUCAAUUUGAUGCCCUAAUUCAAGGAUGGAUCCUGUCUACGAUCACAGAUGAAGUCUCCGACCUUGUACUCGCCAACAAUCUCUCUGCUCCUGCACUAUGGACGACAAUCUACAAUCUCAAAGGCUACAUCGACGGCACAACCAUCGCCUCCUCCGCGGACGAUGCUGAAUGGUAUCAAAUUGAUGCCCUAAUUCAAGGAUGGAUCCUGUCUACGAUCACAGAUGAAGUCUCCGACCUUGUACUCGCCAACAAUCUCUCUGCUCCUGCACUAUGGACGGCAAUCUACAAUCUUUUUCACGACCACACACAUGCCCGGGCGAUGCAACUGGAGCACCGUUUCCGUACAACUGUGAAGGGCCAACUCUCCAUCAACGAAUAUUGUCGUCUUCUCAAAAAUAUCUCAGAGUAUCUCGACAAUGUGGAUGCUCCUGUCACUGAACAUGCCCUUGUACUCCAGCAACAAACCGACGCCGUAUAUGGUGCUGGAGCGCCAUCCACAGCCCUCCUCAGCACCGGCGGUAGCGGCGGACAUGCGGGCAGCGGUGUAACACCCCAACCCACGUAACCCGAAUCAACAAGUUAGCGAAUCAGGUUGUUACUAAUUUGGUAUUCACAUGCAUAAUAUUUUAAAAACAUUUAAUAAUAAAAUAUCAAUUAACAUUUAUUUAGAAAUAAUUCAUAAUCAAUCGGAGUAAAUAAUUCAAACGUUGCGGAAGCCUUUAAGACAACAUCGUCAAACAUUCUUGUAGCUUAACAAAAUAAAAGUCAACAAGUAUUUAAUUCAAUUUCAAACAGCUUUGGGCCAUCCACCAGCGUCACGCUUCACUAUCCUCCACGCUGCUCCUCCUCUAAACCUUGACCCCUACCUGUAAAAAUAGGGA